UUGUGGCAUCUUAUCGGAAAAGAUAAGCGCUCCGCUCAGUUAAAACAACAGCAAUUUUUAUUAAGCAAUGAAAAAGUGCAGCAAUGGAAAAGUGUAACUAACUACGCUGUACAGUAUUUACUCAGAACAACAUUUGGUUUUUGUGAUAUUUUUACAGUUAUCCUUCAAGCACUACAAAACUGUGUCAGUCAGUUAUUUAUUACAAAGUCAAGCGCCAAAAUCCUACAAAUCUGACAAUUUUUUGCAAACUAAGUCUCUUUUUCUUUACGAUCAUUGCUGCAGAAAACUGUUCCUUAAAUACAUUUCAAAGAAGGUGAAAUUUUGAGGUUCCAACGAGCUUGAAGCAGGCAAAUAUAUCCGUAUGUAUUGUGCGAGAUACAGUUUCAUCACAAUUUAAACGACUACUCUCCUACCCAAGUAACGAUUUGAGUACUUCGUAAAAUUGACCUUUACCAUUAUCAACUUGGAAAGACAAGGUCAACUUAGAAUCGCAAUAGCCUCCCAAAUUAUUUUACUUUCAAAUUCCUAUAAUCUACCAUAUAUUCCGAUAUCAAUUGUUAUUUAUCUCAAUUUUCUGGUCACUUAAAACUGUAAUUUUGAUUAAUUCAGAAAAUAAAUCAGUAAUCACAGUACCAUAUGAUAGUGAAGUGUUUCUUUUUCAAAAUUGCUUCCUCGUUAAUUACUGAAUUGCCAAAAAACAAUCAGUUUUAAUUUAAGAAUCUACAUUCCAAAGUAUUUUACACAGUCAGUGUUUAACAUUAUCUUCUCAUAUUGUGACAUCAAGACUAUGGGCAGCAGCAGCAGAAGGUACGGCAGUUUGAAGGAGGCGGGACUGUACUUGGUGGGUGUGAUCGUGUUAUGUCUCAGUGCCCUGUUCGCAGCCAUGGCCCACUUCAGCCAUGACGCAGACGGGGGCGACAGAUUCCACCAGGGACUGUGGUACACAUGUCGACACGGAAUCUGCUUCCAAUACGGAAAUGGCAAAAUAAACACAGCGAGAGCUUUCCUGAUUAUGGACCACCUGCUCUGUGCAUGUCUGUUGGCCACACUCGUCUACUCCUUCUCCAAGAGACACACUAUCUAUUGCCGCCUCCUCCUCUUCUUAAGCGUCCUCCAUUCCCUGUUCCUCUUCAUCGCAUGCUGCUGCGUGACGUCACAGGUGCACGAUGACGUGCAUGCUCACAGCAGUUGGGGCAUGAAGCUGCCGUGGGUGGGGUGGGUGCUGUCUCUGGCCCUCCUCCUAGACACACUCUACAUCACCAUCUCCACCAUCAGGGAAGAGCAGCAGCGGGGGGCGGGGGGCUCUGGCUGGGAUGAUGUGAGGGUGAGGGCUUCCCAACUCACCUCCGUCAGCGCAACCGAUCUCAUAGGAGCAGAAAACAUUUGAUCCGGAUUACUCGAAGCACAGUUACGUCAACAAAGAGAUGAGAUCAGAACACGGAUGUGAACUUGAAGUGCGGCUUAGAUUAUUUGUUUUAAUGUUAAGAAUGAAAAGUUUCAACGUAAUAAACCCACCUCCUUUCGUUAUAUCCAAACAUUUAUCAAAAAUAUACGUUUUACUAUGAUUUAAUGAACGCUUUAUUUGUGUUUUUUUUUAAC